AUGCCAUCCAAGACUGCCAUCGUCACUGGUGGUGCAGCAGGUAUUGGCUUGGCAAUCGUCAAAUAUUUGGCAAGAACGCGCGAGCAUGAGGUUGCGCAUAUUGCCUUACUAGACGUCAACCCCACUGCAGGAGAAGAAGCUUUGGAUUCACUGAAGAACGAAUAUCCCAAUGUCAUCUUCAGCUUCCACACUUGCGACGUGACAUCCUGGGAGAAGCAGGCAGAAGUGUUCGGAAGCAUUUACGCCAAGCAAGGCCAUAUUGACCUGGUGUGCGCGAAUGCUGGAAUCCCUGAGACUGGGUUUUUAUUCCAAACAACGGGUGACCGGCCUGUAAAACCGGAUCUGAAAACUUAUGAUAUUGACUUGACUGGAGCAAUGUAUACUGUCUCACUAGCGGCAUAUUAUAUCAGUAAGAAUAAAUCGUCAGCGACGAGUCCAUACAAGGGAAGUAUUGUUUGCACCGCUUCAAACGCGGGUUUUUACCCUCUAAGUCUUGCGCCCAUCUAUACCAUAGCCAAGCACGGUGUUGUGGGUAUGGUGAGGGGGCUCGCAGGGCGAUUCCAGCACGAACACAUUCAAAUCAAUGCGAUAGCUCCCUGUAUCGUUGAAACAAAGAUUGGCGCUAGCGUCAAGGGCCUUCCUGGUAUCGUCUACACCCCGCUAAGCGCGGUUACUCGAGCUGUGGGCAUGCUACUGAGUGACUCUAAGCUCAAUGGCACGAUUGCAGAAAUUUCAGAAGAAAAUAUCACGUUUCCAGAGUUCCCCGCCUACAUUGAUGAAAGUACGAAGAACAAUCUUGACAUUCUUGGGAACUUGGCCCAGCGAAUUUGGACCGGGAAUUUCAGUCAUGGUGGUGACAAGUAA